CGAAGCACACUAAACGACGGCGCAUUCAGAUUUCACCACCACCGUCGCAGCAUCAAUCUCAGCCGCGAGCAGCGAUGACGGAAACACACGAAAACGCAUCGAAAGAAACUGUGCGCGAAUACGAAGAAGAAGCGGAUGAUCAAAGUUUCGAAGAGCUUGGAUUGGACGCUCGCCUCAUUCGUGCGUUACUCAAGAAGGGAAUUGAGAAACCCACUCCAAUUCAGCGCGUCGCGAUUCCACUGAUUCUUGAAGGCAAGGAUGUGGUUGCUCGAGCAAAGACGGGUUCUGGGAAGACGUUCGCGUACCUUGUUCCGUUGCUUCAGAAAUUGUUUACCGGUAAUGUUGAUAGGAAGAAGCUAGCACCUAACGCUUUUAUUCUUGUACCAACUCGUGAACUAUGUCAACAGGUGUAUGCGGAGGUCUUAUCACUCCUCGAGUUAUGCAGGGUUCAACUGAAAGUUGUGCAGUUGAAUAGCAAUAUGCUAGCUAAUGACUUGAAAGCUGCAAUGGCUGGACCCCCUGAUGUUUUGAUCUCCACUCCUGCUUGCAUACCAAAGUGCUUGUCUGGCGGCAUACUUCAGGCCGCAUCGAUUAGUGGUUCGCUUGAAACUCUAGUUCUUGAUGAGGCAGAUCUUCUAUUAUCAUAUGGGUAUGAAAAUGAUAUUAAAGCUUUUACACUUCACAUACCCAGAAGUUGCCAGUGUCUUCUUAUGUCUGCAACAUCAAGUGCUGAUGUUGACAAACUAAAGAAGUUGAUUUUACACAACCCGUUUAUUUUGACUUUGCCUGAAGUUGGAAAUCAUAAGGAUGACAUCAUCCCUAAAAAUGUUCAGCAGUUCUGGAUCUCAUGUACUGCCAAUGAUAAGUUACUCUACAUCCUUGCUGUGUUGAAGUUGGAGUUGGUCCAAAAGAAAGUUCUGAUAUUCACUAACACCAUAGACAUGAGUUUCAGGUUGAAACUAUUCUUGGAGAAGUUUGGUAUCAAGUCCGCUGUUUUAAAUGCUGAGUUGCCACAGAAUUCUCGUCUCCAUAUUCUCGAGGAAUUCAAUGCUGGCCUGUUUGAUUAUCUAAUUGCAUCGGACGUCAGCCAGUCAAAAGAGAAAGAUGAAGCACCUAAGGAAAGUAAUGUUGGAUCACGGAAGUCUAGAAAACAGGCUAAGCUAAAAUUAGAUUCUGAAUUUGGAGUAGUAAGGGGAAUUGACUUUAAGGAUGUAUACACGGUUAUAAACUUUGAAAUGCCUCGAAGUGUUGCAGGAUACAUACAUCGAAUUGGACGUACAGGAAGAGCAUACAGUUCUGGUUCUUCUAUCUCUCUGGUUUCUCCAGAUGAGAUGGAUACUUUAGAAGAAAUAACAUCUUUCGUUGGGGAUGAUGAAAACAAGGGCUCAAACACAAUUACUGAGUUUCCCUUUCUCACCAAGAAUGCAGUUGAAUCUUUACGGUAUAGGGCUGAGGAUGUUGCAAAAAGUGUAACUAAAAUUGCUGUCCGAGAAUCACGAGCCCAGGAUUUGAGAAAUGAAAUUUUGAACUCUCAAAAAUUGAAGGCCCACUUUGAAACUAAUCCAAAAGACCUAGACCUGUUGAAACAUGACAAAGUUUUGAGCAAGAAUGCCCCUCCUUCCCACCUACGUGACGUGCCUGACUACCUAUUAGACAAAACAACGAAAGAGGCUAGGGAAAUGGUCAAGCUUACAAGAGAUGCAAUGGGAAAUAAUAACCGCCGCAGGGGAUCCAAGAGAAAAUUUAGAAAAGGUGGAGACCCUCUGAAGGCCAUCUCUGCUGCGGGAUCAAAAAGACCGCACAAAGUUGUUAAGAAGACUGGUGCAAGCAAUAGCAAUAGCAGUAGCAGUGAUAGACAUAAACACAAAAAGAUAAAAGCUAUUUGAUUGAUUUGUUUUUUCCUACAAAGCCUUAUAACAGGCUCCACAAUUUUGUUGUAAUUUAGUUCAGAAUAUUGUACAUCAAAAUAGUGAAGCAUUGUAAUUGUUGUUUCCUUCAUGUGGCAU